AAAUACUGGUAGUCGGAAACAUGCGUUGCACACGUUAUUAAGUAUAAGGACCAUGUUAUAACCCGCAAGGAUCUAACCCAAGCGGGGUAUGACCUACUCUGGAGUAUCCUGAACGACAUGGCUAGUAACAAUUAUGAAUAAGGAGUAAAAAUUCCCGAUAAAAAAGUUUGAAACCCCCCACUUCUAUGCAUUUAACAUUUUGAAAGACCUUCAUCUACACUAGCGCCCCUAGCGGCGAAAUUAAACGCGGUAGCCCGCUAUGCGUUAAAAAAUGGUUCCGCUCACUUUACUAGCUAUGUUGUAAGGUCUCCCAGUUCUGCUGGCGGUGUAGGCGUCACCAGCAGACUAAACUCGCCUACCUGCGUUUGUCCUGCGCAGUCGAGCGCCGUAAGCGGGGAUGAAGGAGUCCUGGGGGCUGUCGACCGGGGGUCGGGGUCAGUUACCCCCCUAGGCAAUAUGCCCUUUUUGGUCCGGAUUUCAAGCGAAACGGUAGCCCUGUAGCUAGCCACUGCAGGGAAAUGGGGGGUUUUGUACGUUAUCGUGGCCCACGGCAACGACAUGAUUUAUCGUUAUGUUAUGGUAAAGCAGGGGACUAAAACGUAUUGGUUUGUAUGCACGCUUGUAAACCAACAACAAUAUCGUCCGACGAUUUACCGUUAGAUCGUUUCGAUGAUCGAUAUCGGAUUUCGGAUACGACUACGAAGAAGCGAAAUGUAAAAAGGGCCUAUUAAUAUUUUUGUAAAAACGCUCUUACGGUUCACGAUAGCAUAAAAGCGACUGCAUACAGUCUGUGUGAGAUUUAAGUUCCCUACUUUAACGUGACGAUACAUCGUGUUGUUGCCCUAGACGACGGUAUAGGUAAGUGUAAAAACUCCCAAUGGACACGCGUCCCGUAUGGAUGAGGUGAUACGGUCCGCAGGCGAGAUGUGGUGAGGGUGUUGGAGUAAAACACUGGGGCUCAGCCAUGCUGACGGGGCAAGGGCGUGUGGAACCCCUGGGGAAAAUCGGAUCGUUUUCCCCAGCCAUGCGUCUGCAGCUCCCGAUGUCGCGCAGGAGUCCCAACUCAACACAUCUAUACCUCUCUGGUAGUCCUGGUGUCGAAUGACAUCCCCAAAGGUGCGGGCUCCGUGGAGGGUGGGAAGCUCGAGAGGUGAAUUAUUAAGAAGAAAUAUAAUGGAUGAACACAGAUCAGAAAACCCUGAUGCUUCUACAGAAGCAACGAGAUUAAUUAUGGACUCUGAUCCAGGCGUAGGUGAGAGGGCAAAACGGACUUUCAAGUAUCGCACGCCAUCAGAUUUACGCAUUAGACAACAACGCAGAGCCACGCGUGCGGCCACUAUGUUCGUGGUAAUGACAAAUCCCUUUACUGAAUUGACAUUAGAGCAAGCGGAACACAUUAAGGGUACUCUCGAAAGCUGUCUUAUGAAGCUUGCUAACGUUCAGACCGAAGACACGUACUGCCCUUCGUUCCUGGGAACACCACGCUACAGCGAAGGUGUGCUCAAGUUACGCUGCGAGGGCAUGAAAGACGUGGAAUGGCUACAGGACGCUGUAGCCACUAUAACCUCACCAAUCCCGGGCACUGACCUAGUAGUUCAACGCCAAAGGGCCAUCCCAAGAAGACUUAAAUGUGCAGUCUUGCUACCUUUUUGCUCGGACGACACCGAAACGAUCCACAAUAUCCUGAUUACUCAAAACGAGUGGUAUAAAAUCAGCAAGUGGGCUCUCUACAAGGUCGAGCGCACCGAGGACCCUCCAGGUACCUUUUUAGUUAUUGGUAUCCCAUUCGACGAGAUAUCAACGGUGAUGGCAAGGGAGCGUAGGCUCUUGUAUAAAGAGAAGGUCGGUUAUAUCCGCUUUUUUGGGAAAAUGGAAAAGCUCGAGGAUGUCCCACCAGGUGUCUUUAUGUCACGAAUAGAAGCCGGGGCCUCUGAUGGUUUAUCAGCUGAAAAGUAGUGAGAUGGGAGUGAUUAGGGUGCCGGCGCGUUUAUAGCCAAUAAGUUCCGUCAAAAGGUAAGGUAGGUAAGGUAAUAGUAUAUAGAGCGAGUUACAAUGGCGCAACGACCCAUAAUGUGCUUUUGCCUCCGACACGAGUACGCGCCAGUUGUCUCGAUCCUGGGCAAUCUCCUGCCAGUUAUCGGCUUGCAGAUCGCGCAAGUCAGCGCGAUAAUGGUCACCGAGACAGCCAGAUAUGGCGUACCGCAGGCCUAGCACAUCAGUGUCACGAUACUCGCGAUAGUAACCUGCCCGCGAGAGACUUCACGUCCUUCUUCAAUGAAUACAAUUAGAAAAAGGCGGGAUAAUGAUUGUAGUUUUAUUUUUUAUAGUCAAUGUAUUUUGGACCUGUAUGUACAUGUACUGUAAAAUGCGUUACAGAGCCUGUACUUCCAAAGAUUAUAUUUUUUCGAAAUAAUUGUUGUGAUUAUUAAUAAUUGAAGAAGCAUUUCGAACCAUGUAUUAAGUUAUCUACAUUCUAAAUCCUGUAUGUAGCGCACUGCUACUCACUAUUUGUCUAGAAGUAACAGCCAACAUGAUCAUCGUG